CGUGUUAUUGGAGAAAGGGCUUUUAACUGAGGUCGCUUGGUGUAUUACUUCACUUUCUCUCCCUCCGUCUUGAACUCAGCGCUGUGUGUAUGCGUUCUUGGAACCGGUGAUGAUUGUUCCGGUGAAUUUUUUUCUUUUGUUUAAACGUCUCUUUGUUUGAGAAGUUGGCACAGGUGAGCCCUACUUUCGCCUCUCGUCGCGCGACGCUGUCAGAGUCUCUGCUGUUUAGAGAACCUUUCUCCAACAACCUCUUGUUCGUUAAUGGAGUUCCGGCAGGGCAGCGGUGAUUACUGCCAAGCCCAACAUCGCAACGCUUGAUCCCGGGUGGAUACGCUCGGAUCCGCCCCUGAAUGUCCAGAGAAACGCCUUCCCUGCCCUUCUCUUGCUGGUCUUUUUGACUGACCACCUCGCUGUGCACCAAAUGGGUUAACUGGCAUCGCUGCACCUGGCAUUUGGCUACCGGACACUGUUCCACCAGUCUAGUUGCCACUCAGAGUAUCCCUAACAAGAGAAAGAGGCAUUGGAAGAGGAAGAUUCUUGUGGCCUACAAAAUCCCAGGCAGCUUACAUUUUUUAUGUACUGAUUAAUAGUUAUAUAUAUACUUUUAUCAGAGGAUCCUGCUAAUUCCUGACCUCCUUCACUGUGAAAGUGCAUCUGCUGUAGCACUGCUCUGUAGACCAGAGUAGUGCUGUUCUGUAAGUGGACUGUUGAGGAUCCUCACCCAGACUGGGUGUUUCGUUUUUUUAUAGAGUGCAGAGACACCAGCAUGGUCAGGAUGAACCGUCCGGCUCCUGUUGAGGUCUGCUACAAAAACAUGCGCUUCCUUAUCACGCACAACCCCACCAAUGCAACAUUAAGCAGCUUUAUAGAGGAUUUGAAGAAAUACGGGGCAACAACAGUGGUCCGUGUAUGUGAAAUCACCUAUGAUAAGACACCACUGGAGAAGGAUGGAAUUACCGUCAUGGACUGGCCGUUUGAUGAUGGUGCACCUCCUCCUACAAAGAUUGUGGAUGACUGGCUCAGUCUGCUGAAGAAUAAGUUUUGUGAGGAUCCAGGCUGCUGUGUGGCUGUGCACUGUGUGGCUGGACUGGGUCGUGCUCCAGUGCUGGUGGCUCUGGCACUUAUAGAGAGUGGGAUGAAAUAUGAGGAUGCCAUUCAGUUCAUCAGACAGAAACGUCGGGGCGCCAUCAACAGCAAGCAGCUGACAUACCUGGAGAAGUACCGCCCUAAACAGAGACUGCGUUUCAAAGACCCACACAACCACAAAAGCAAGUGCUGCCUCAUGUGAUCCGGUUUCACCAGCCUGCCACUGAAGCACCCAUUCACUUAUGGACUAAAAUUACCAAUCCAGUGCAUUUAAACUUUUUGGUGUAUAUACGAGACCCCUUCACACAGGGUCUUUACCAUCUCAGGGCUGUGAAAGACGAGCCUCUUGAAUUUUGUCUUUACACACAAACCCCCAUCCUAAUUGUUUUCACAAAUAAAUUGUGAACACCCACACAGACACUAAUGCAUACUAUUCUACACACUCAUACUUGUAGUCAAAACUCUUUACCAACAGCACACAGUCCAAAGAUGAUCAUGGCCAGCCACCUGCUCCUCUGGCAUUGUGAACCACAAUGAGGUCACAGAACAAAAUCACUGUUUAAUGUUACCCUCUUGCGUUCUUAUAAAACUGCUUGACUGUCCUGAUCUUAAUUGUUUAAUUAAGGAGUUUCAGAAUGCAUGUCACUCAAGUGACCAAGCUUUUUUAAGGAUGUGAGUGACUAGGUUGGCCUAGCACUCUGCUUUUUUACAUUGUACCAUGAAUCUUCUCCGGGAUUAGAGUUUUGCACCACUGGCUGCUUAUUAUUAGGACUGGGGGAGUCAGUGAAGUCUGGAUUGGUCACAUAGCACACGUUCACAUUUUUUACUAAGUUUUGAGUUGUUUUUGCUGCCUUUGAGGUGUUUUGGGGGUGCACAGUGAAGGUCAGAACUCCUUUAUGAACUUGCUUAUAGCAUUGCUUAGCUCAUGUAAAAGUCCAGCUAAUCUGAAACACUGAAUUGUCCCAGAAUGCCAGCAAUGAACUGAGAGGAAUCCAUGCUUAAUUUAAUAAAACCACAAGAGAGAGUUCUCACACUACAUUCAAAGUAAUUAUCCGGAAUUGCGGAGUUAUGGAAAAUUGCACAAUAUUUAUUUAUUUGUGCUCACUUGACACUGUGAUAACUUGUCACUGUUGUAUUAUGGAGAUUAUAGAAUUUCAGAAUCAGUACAAUUUCAGAGUAAAGGGAUGGUUCACCCAAAUAAGACAAUUCUGUCAUUAUUUACUUUUUUGUUGCAAAUUUUAAUGACUUUAUUUUAUCCAUGGAGCACAAAAGGAGAUGUUAGGCAGUAUGUUAGUCUCAGUUACCAUUCACUUUCAUUGCAUCUUACAACAAAAGUUAAUGGUAACUGAGGUCAGUGGCAGAUUUAGGCAUGGGCAACAUGGGUAGUUGCCCAGGGCAGCAUCUUGCAGGGGGGCGGCACGAGGCACCCACACAGACCCCCCCCCCUACUGACUGAGGUUGUCAUUCUGCUUAACAUCUCUUUUUGUGUGCCACAGAAGAAAGUCAUACAGGAUUGGAGCAAGUUGAGUAAAUGAUUACAGAAUUUUCAUUUUUGGAUGAACUAUCCCUUUAAACUAUUUUUUUUCUUCAUAAUGAGAAAUGAAAUGGCAUUACAUGAUCUCUGCCUAACCAAUGGUCCUGUAGACACCAGGGAAGGAAACAUGUAAAUGAAUGUGUCAGUGAUUACUGAGCAAUGGGUAUGGUACUAAAGUAAUCACACAUGCUUCAACUAUCUGAUUUUUAAUCUGCUUUCCCUAAUUGUCAUAUUAAUUUGGAUAUGAAUGAUCAGUAUUCUGAGUGUGGCAUCUAAUGCAUAAGACCCUAGGUCUGGAUAAAUGUCAAAUUUUCUGCAAACCAGAUUGCACAAUUAAGCAAAUAUUAAAGAAAUGUCCAAUAAAGGUGUAUCUCUGCUUAAAGUAUCUAAGGUUAAAGAAUACCAUUGCAAAUAAAAUUUAAUUCUGAAUUUUA